AUGAGUGUUAAUGACAUCAGAGAUUUUCAGGCGAAAAUGAAAGAGCUGAAAGCCGAAGCGGCAAAGGAUAAGGCCGUUGGAUUGGGCGACCGUGAUUAUUUUGAUAGCGAUCUAUACGAUAGCGAGGAUACGAGCAAAAAGUACGAGAGAUACGUCACAUCGGUCGCUCUAAAUGACGACACCGAAGAUGAGGAGGACGACGGUAUGCCCAUCGAACGGACCAACCGACCAAUGGGUUACACGGCACCAACAGCACUGCUCAACGAGAUGGGACAGGAUGAAGAUUACGAUCCAUUUGCGGAGCGACGCAAGCCGACGGUUGCUGAAAAGGAGGAUGAGUAUCGUCAAAAACGUAGACGAUUAGUCAUCUCACCGGAGCGUGUGGACCCGUUUGCCGAUGCAGGCAAAACACCGGAUGUUGUUUCACGUUCCUACACGGAUAUUGUGCGCGAGCAAAUGUUUAAACGCGAAGAAGCCGAGUGUCGCAAAAAAAUCCAAGAAAAAACAAAAGAUGGAUCGUUGAAGAUUAGCAUGAUCGAUGGGUCCGCAAAACCAGCCCUAUUUAAAAUGAAAAAGCGCGGCCGUUGGGAUCAGACAGCCGAGGUGCAGUUUGUUGUACCGAAAAAGCUUUCCGUACCAGCGACUCCAACGUGGGAUGCUGAGAAAACAGCCGACCAUCGGGGGGACGAAACUCCCGUACACGUGCGCAUUUGGGACGCAACACCAGCACACGUAUCCGGUGCGGUCAUCACACCAGGCCGUGAAACGCCCGCCGAAAAGUUGACCCUCCGCAACCGGUGGGAUGAAACGCCAAAAACUGAAUGCAAAACACCUGGCCACUCGUGGGACGAAACACCACGUGCCGAUCGUGUAUUCGGCGAUGGUGUGCUGCUGGACGCUGCCACGCCUGCCUCGAAGCGUCGCUCACGAUGGGAUGACACUCCAACGAAUGCUAGCCAGUCCGCCAUGACGCCGUCGAUCGCAAUGACACCGCACGGUAUGGAGGCAACGCCCCUACUCACACCUGGCGGUACGACACCGGCCAGGCGUGCGAUGGUGAUGGCAACAUCGACACCGGGGCGUCUCUUGUCCGUGACUCGUAAGCAACUGCAGGUGUAUCGCUGGGAGAAGGUUAUCGACGAACGCAACAGACCGUUCAAGGACGACGAGCUGGACGCGAUGUUCCCGCACGGGUAUAUGGUUAUGCCACCGCCGCCCGGGUACAUACCGAUUCGUAAACCCGUCUUCAAAUUGAUCGCCACACCAACACCGAUAGCCGGCACAUCGGCCGCCUUCUUCAUCCAGACCGAGGACAAAACGGCCAAGUUUGUGGAUAACCAGCCAAAGGGAAAUCUGCCGUACAUAAAGUCGGAGGACGUACAGUACUUCGACAAGCUGCUGGUUGAGGUAGACGAAGAUUUGCUCAGCCCCGUGGAGCAGAAAGAGCGCCUAAUUAAUAAACUGCUGCUCAAGAUCAAGAACGGUACGGCACCGAUACGUAAGAUGGCACUCCGACAGAUAACGGAAAAAGCGCGCGAAUUUGGCGCUGGUCCACUGUUCAACCAGAUACUACCGCUGCUAAUGAGCCCAAGGUUGGAGGAAGAGGAGCGCCAUCUACUAGUAAAGGUAAUCGAUCGCAUCCUGUACAAGCUGGACGAUCUGGUCCGCCCGUAUGUGCACAAGAUACUGGUAGUGAUAGAGCCGCUGCUAAUCGAACAAGAUUACUAUGCUCGCGUAGAAGGUCGUCAGGUUAUAUCCAAUCUGGCGAAAGCGGCCGGUUUGUCUACGAUGAUUGCGACGAUGCGUCCCGACAUCGACAGCAUCGACGAGUACGUGCGUAAUACGACGGCUCGCGCAUUUGCCGUCGUUGCGUCUGCGCUGGGCAUUCCAAAGUUGGUGCCAUUCUUGAAGGCUGUCUGCAAUACCAAGCAGUCUUGGCAGGCGCGCCACACGGGUAUUAAAAUCGUGCAGCAAAUUGCGAUUCUGAACGGUUGUGCUAUUUUGCCUCAUCUGAAAUCGCUGGUAGGGAUCAUUGAGCAUGGGCUGGUGGAUAAGCACCAAAAGGUACGUACCAUUACGGCGCUCGCGUUAUCCGCACUGGCCGAAGCAGCUUCACCGUACGGUAUCGAAUCGUUCGAUCUGGUGCUCAAACCACUGUGGAAAGGUAUCCGGAGGCAUCGUGGUAAGGGUUUAGCGGCGUUUUUAAAAGCUAUCGGCUAUAUGAUCCCACUGAUGGAAGCGGCGUACGUGAACUACUACACGCGCGAGGUAAUGUUGAUAUUGAUCCGCGAGUUCCAGUCACCGGACGAGGAGAUGAAGAACAUUGCGCUGAGGGUGCUGACGCAAUGUUGUGCCACGAAUGGUGUGCAAGCGCAGUACAUCAAGGAAGAGAUAUUGCCACACUUUUUCAAACACUUCUGGAACCACAGGAUGGCGCUGGACCGGCGUAACAAUCAGCUGCUGGUCAACACGACGGUUGAAAUUGCGAAAAAGGUCGGUGCGUCCGAGAUCAUUAAACGCCUGGUGGAUGAUCUCAAGGAUGAAAACGAGCAGUACCGCAUGAUGACGAUGAAAACGAUCGAGAAGAUAAUGGAGAAUCUCGGUGCGGCAGACAUCAGUUCACGACUCUGUGAAAAGCUGAUCGACGGUACACUGUACGCGUUCCAGGAGCAAACGACCAAGGACAUGGUGAUAUUGAAUGGGUUCGGCACGAUCGUCAAUCAGUUGAGCAAGCGCGUCAAGCCAUACCUGCCACAGAUCAGUGGUGUCAUCCUUUGGCGAUUGAACAACAAAUCGUCCAAGGUGCGCCAACAGGCAGCGGAUCUCAUCUCACGUAUCGCAGUCGUAAUGAAGACUUGCCAGGAAGAGGAGCUGAUGGGUGAUUUCGGGGUAGUAUUGCACGAGAACCUUGGCGAGGAAUAUCCGGAAGUGCUCGGAUCGAUCUUGGGUGCCUUGAAAGCGAUCGUUAGCGUCAUCGGUAUGACAAAGAUGAUACCCCCGAUCAAGGAUCUGCUGCCCCGGCUAACGCCAAUCCUGAGGAACCGACACGAAAAGGUGCAGGAAAACUGUAUUGAUCUUGUCGGACGUAUAGCGGAUCGUGGUCCGGAGUAUGUGCCCGCGCGCGAAUGGAUGCGUAUCUGUUUCGAGCUGCACGAGUUGCUGAAAGCGCACAAGAAGGUGGUUCGCCGCGCGACCGUCAACACGUACGGUUACAUCGCGAAAGCAAUCGGGCCGUAUGACGUGCUGACGACGCUGCUCGAAAACCUCAAGGUGCAGGAGCGUCAAAAUCGCGUCUGCACGACGGUCGCCAUUGCAAUUGUGGCGGAAACUUGCCGCCCGUAUACCGUGCUGCCAGCACUGAUGAACGAAUACCGUGUGCCGGAGGUGAACGUACAGAACGGUGUACUCAAAUCGCUGUCCUAUGUGUUCGAGUACAUCGGCGAGAUGGGCAAGGACUACAUCUACGCCGUCUGUCCACUGCUUGAAGAGGCACUUAUGGAUCGUGACAUUGUACACCGGCAGACGGCGUGCACAGUGAUUAAGCACAUGUCGCUCGGUGUGUAUGGAUUCGGGUGUGAGGAUGCGCUCGUCCAUCUGCUCAACUACGUAUGGCCGAACAUCUUCGAAACCUCGAUCCAUCUAGUGCAGGGAUUCAUUGAUGCAGUCGAGGGUUUGUGUGUGGCGCUUGGGCCAAUCAAGAUACUCCAGUACACACUGCAGGGAUUGUUCCAUCCUUCCCGAAAAGUACGCAGUGCGUACUGGCAUAUUUACAACUUGCUUUACAUUGGGGCCCAGGAUGCGCUUAUCGCAGGCUAUCCACGUAUCAUCAACGAUCCAAACAAUCAAUACGUUCGGUACCAUCUGGAGUACAAUCAGUAA